CUUGUUACGUCAUUACGAGGCGCGAAUUCUCCUGCUUCAAAGUCUGUUGUCUUAUUUACCGAACACUCGCACACAUUGUAAAUACCCAAGCUGGGAAAAGUCGUGAUUCUGUCGACUGAGCGGUCAUGGAUACCAGCGCCUUCGACGCCGAUAACUCUGUCAGCUGCCGUCUAUCCUCCAUCAUCCCUGAUGUGUGUAAGACUGAAGACUGCUGCCUGGGCAUUGACGAAGCGGGCAGGGGACCGGUGCUGGGUCCAAUGGUUUAUGGAAUAUGCUUUUGUCCCAUUUCCAAAAAGGAGGAAUUAAAGGGAUUGAAAGUUGCAGAUUCCAAAACUCUUUCAGAGGCAGAAAGAGAGACUCUUUUCCAAAAACUGGACGAUGCCAAAGGUUUUUUGGGCUGGGCCCUGCAUAUUCUCUCCCCCAACACCAUCUCCACCAGUAUGUUACAGAGGACUAAAUGCAACCUGAACACCCUGUCACAUGACACGGCCAUUGGUUUAGUUCAAUUUGCACUGGACAGUGGCGUACAGCUCAAAGAGGUAUUUGUGGACACAGUCGGCCCUGCUGAGAAAUAUGAGGAGAAGCUCUCAAAGAUUUUCCCAGGCAUCGAUGUCACAGUGAGGCCAAAGGCUGACUCCCUCUUCCCCAUCGUCAGUGCAGCCAGUAUCUGUGCCAAAGUAGCCAGGGACCAUGUUGUGAAGAACUGGAAGUUUGUUGAGAACUUAGCAGACGUGGAUACAGAAUAUGGCUCAGGAUACCCAAACGACCCAAAAACUAAAGCAUGGCUUCUGAAGUACUUGGACCCAGUGUUUGGCUACCCCCAAUUUGUGCGCUUUAGCUGGAGCACGGCCCAAACCUUGAUUGACAGCAAGGCUGUGACUGUCCAUUGGGACGAUGACGAGGAGGACGGCGAAAAGGCAGCGCAGCGGCUGGCCAACAGGUCCAUGCUGUCCUACUUCAGUGCGCCAGGUGGUGUCACAAACCCAACACAGACGCACCGCUUCUUCACAGAGCGCAGGCUGAAGAGUCUGGACACUCUCUGAGAACUGGCCUUACAUGUACAGUACUGUGAGUUGCUUGCACACACACAGACAGCAGUGCAAGUACAUGGAAUAUUUUCCUUUGUUUAAUCUGUUUUACUCAUAAAAUGUGUUUUACAAAAUG